AUGACCAAGCCAACUGCCACCUCAGAAGAUAGCUCAGGAACUCACGUCGGAACCUUGCAGGCAUCAUCAACAGUUCCGCGACCGGCAACAGCCUCCAACAGUACCAUAUCCACUCCGGAUGCUGGCCCUGACAGUGAACUCCACACUACCAACACUUCAUCGCACGACGAUUCUGCCAUAGAAAGCAACCAUCCUAAAACUCCCGAUUCCACAUCGUCGCCAGAAUAUCAAGCACCCCCUCUAAGCCCUACCUCUUCAAUACGCGCUACGGCGUCAAACGGAACCCCGUCUUCAGGAUCCUCCUCCGCGCUACUACCCCCUUUCCAGCGUCCAAGACCCGACUCGCCCUCGCCGGUCCCCCCAACAAGGGCGAUCCAGGCAGCCGAAAGAGCACAAAUAGCCGCAGCUUUCAAGCACGCUCCGUAUCGCCUCAUUCUACUUGACUACGACGGCACGCUCGCCCCACUCGCGUCGUCUCCAGACAAUGUGACUCUCCACCCCCGCCAGCUAAAAGUCCUUGCAGCGCUCUCCACGGUUGUUAACACAACCGUCUACAUUGUUUCGGGGCGCCCUUCAGGUUUCCUCACAAACCAAUUUGGUGGCUCUUGUCCCUCGGUCGGCCUCGUUGCGGAACACGGAGCUCUUUGGCAUCUGGUGGGAUGCCAAUUUUGGCAACCAACUUAUGGUAUCCUUUCAGCGGAUCAGCUAGCUUGGCUUAUCUGGGUUGGAAACGCCUUCACCGGACUCCAAAAUUUAGUUCAAGGCAGCUGGACGGAAAAGAAGAAGGUGGCAUGCGUUUGGCAUUACAGAGAUAAUCAAGCCGAUGGCGAGAGGAUGGUGGACAGCGUAAUAGAUGUAUUAGCGCGAGCUAGCUGCAGAAAAGGCGUGGGUGGGACGUAUAGGAUUAUGAAAGGGAAGGAUGCGCUUGAGAUGAUGGCAGUAGACAUCGGAAAGGGCAGCGCGGUUGAAGCUUUGAUAGUCCGGCAAGAGAAGCACAGGAGUCCACUGCGGCGAGAACAAGGGUUUGUGUUUUGUGCAGGCGACGAUACCACCGAUGAGCAUAUGUUCGCGGCGGUAAAUGCGGCACGGAUCCCAGAAAAUCUGAAGUUUACGGUCAAAGUGAGAGACGGACCCCGGGACAAGAAGGAAACGGCAGCGAAGUGGUCUGCUGAUGGUACUGCUUCGAUCUGGGAAGUGCUGGAGGACUGCCUCUUGGCAGUGGGAGUAGUUGUAGAUGAGACGGAGCUUUAA